AUGGCGCAUGUCAGAGUUAAGGAGCGAUCCGAGGACAUCCUUUUCUCGCGCGGCGGGGACGCCGAGGCGCGCCAGCUCAGCGCUGAGCUUGCAGCCGUCCUGGCCAAUCAGGAGAAGCUGGUGUGGCGGUACUUAAAGCUCGGAAUAACCACCAAGGUGUUCGACUAUGCAGGCGUGGCUGUUAACUAUCUAGCCCUAGCUGCACCUGUGUUCGGAAUAGUCGGAGCAGGUAUUUCUGGGGGAGGUGGAGAUAGUAAGGAUAAGGGGGCCGUUGCACAGUGGAUUAGCAACGCCUCGUUUGCGAUCUUGCAGCUGAUAUUCGGAGGAUCUCAGAUCAUCGAUGCUGCUAAGAUUAUAUCGGAUUCUGCUGGGUAUACUGCCAGGGUUGGUGAGCUGUUUGAGUCGCUGCAAUUGUUGCCUUCUGAUCGGUUGCAGUCACAUCCGGAGGCACGGGAAUUCAUGCUGCAGGAGCCGACUUGGCUGAUGGCGCCAAUACCAGGAGGCGGCGGUGGGAGGGCCGAUGGGCGAAUCCAGGGGACAGCAGAUGCAGGAGGUGAUGGGAGAGGCGGUAGGAGUGCUGAUGAGACAAUUGCAGUAAGGAACAGCAUGCAAUCGCCGUGCUGCCACGUGUCUGCAGAGGGACGGCUGCAUGCCCACGCUGCCAUGCACCCGAUCCUACAAUACUCCAUUCACUCUGUCCCGCCUGAACUGCGCUCCCUUGUAGCCGCCCUGCUGCCACAACCCAGAGGCGGAAGGGGGAAGGUGGAGACGAGAAGGGAAGCUGCACGUGUGGGCGAGGCAUGGGGCGUGAGUGUGACAGUAGGGGAUGUGGGGGUGGAAGGUGUGGAGAUAGAGGAGGUGAAGGUGGAAGAUGUGAGAGUGGAGAAGGUGAGAGUAGAGGAUGUGAAGAUAGUGGUGACGUUUCAGUGCAGUGAUGCAGAUGUGAGCAGGGCGAUGAACCGGCUGCUGUUCAACUCCCGCCUCUUCCAGCAGCAGCUCUGCGAGCAGGAAGGGAGCGCAGCACUUGCAGACGCGAGUCCAGCAGACUCAGCCACAGCAGCACAUGCCGACUUGAGUCCCGCAGGUGCAGGCGCACCAACACAGGCGGAUGUGAGCAGGGCGAUGAAUCGCCUGCUAUUUAACUUCCGCCUCUUCCAGCAGCAGCUCUGUGAGCACAUCUGGGCGGCCGGCCACUGGGCUGACGCUGUCGACCCCCUCACCGGCUACCUCAUGCACGCUGCUUCUCGCACCAGUGGCAGAAGCAGCGGUCGUGCUGCUUCUCACAGUGGUGGUGUCACCUUAGAGAAUUCUCAAAAGCAGCUCUGUGAGCACAUCUGGGCGGCCGGCCACUGGGCUGACGCUGUCGACCCCCUCACCGGCUACCUCAUGCACGCUGAAGCAGCAGCAGCAGCAGCAGCAGCAGCAGGAGGAGCAACACAGCCAGCAACACCAGCACAACCAGCAACGCCAACAGCACCAGCAUCACCAUCCAUGCCCUCAUGCCCCCUCAUUCUCCACCCUUCCUUCGGCACACACACCUACCCAGCCUCCCUCCUCACCACCGCCCCUCUCCCGCUCCUGCAAUCCGCCAUCCGCCACGUGGCAGGCUCUGUGAUUGUUGGACAUUCUCUUGUUCACCAAUCGUACAACUGCUAUCCCCCUACUUCGAAAGAACCUCUUACGGCAACCAUGGCGGCGGUUCGUUCGCUUAUCUCGUCCGUCAGACUCACUCCGGCUGCAGCAGUACCACUCAAAUCCUCAGCCUCCUCACUCGUCCGCGACGAGUCGAGAAAUCUCAACUUAAGCGUGAAUCUCGCCGCAUCAUGCUCAUCAACUAAGGGCUCUCGUCGAGUCGCACCUCCUUCUGCUGCGGCGACUACCCUCGCGGCUGCUGCUGCAGCACCCACAGCGGAGGACGCGCCGUCGGUCGCGGCGUCAGAAACGAAAGUCACGACACCGCCGCGGCGCCGCCUGAAGGUGGGGUGCCACGCGGCGCAGGGGCGGCGCGACGAGAUGGAGGACCACGUGGUGGUUCUGGAAGACAUAGGCGCCGGGUUCCUCUACGCCGGCGUGUUUGACGGCCACGCAGGCGCGUCUUCCGCGAAGUUUCUGAGCGACGAGCUGCAUGACGACUGCAUGGAGGCACUGGAGGGCGGCGCGGUGCUGGAAGAUGAGGACCUCACGGCCGCCGAGGACGCGCUGAGGAUGCUUUCCUUAAAGCCGACCAACGGCUGCUGCAGUGGCGCUGGAGGGCGGCGCGGUGUUGGAGGACGAGGAUCUGACGGCCGCGGAAGACGCGCUCGAGGACGACCAGAGACUUCUGCAGUGGUAAGAGGGCCUGGUGGUGUGGGGUGGGUUGUGCUUGGUGGGUUGGGUGUGCAUGACGACUGCAUGGAGGCGCUGGAGGGCGGCGCGGUGCUGGAGGACGCGCUGGAAGAUGCUUUCCUUAAAGCCGACCAACGGCUGCUGCAGUGGCUGGAAGAGCACAGUUCCGAGCCCGAGUCCGGUUCCACCGGUACAGUGGCGUUUGUGCGGCACGACCGGCUGUUCGUGGCGCACAUAGGCGACUCGCGCUCAUUCCCCCCAUCCCCUUCUCCUCCCCUUGCGCAUACCCUCCCAAAUUGCUUCCCCAGGCUGGAAGAGCACAGUUCCGAGCCCGAAUCGGGUUCCACCGGCACUGUAGCAUUCGUGCGGCACGACCGGCUGCUGGAAGAGCACAGUUCUGAGCCCGAGUCGGGAUCAACAGGCACUGUAGCGUUCGUGCGGCACGACCGGCUGUUCGUGGCGCACAUAGGCGACUCGCGCGCCGUGAUGGCCUCUCGCCCCAAUCCCCCGUCAAUUCUUCCCCUCCCUGCAUAUCCCUGCGCUGCACCCCAGGCUCGAGGAGCACAGCUCGAGGAGCACAGCUCGGAGCCAGAAUCGGGCUCAACAGGCACUGUAGCAUUCGUGCGGCAUGAUCGGCUGUUCGUGGCGCACAUAGGCGACUCGCGCGCCGUGAUGGCCCGAUCACAUCACAUGUCCCCCCAUCCCCCCUUGCGCAGGCUAGAAGAGCACAGCUCUGAGCCCGAGUCCGGUUCAACAGGCACGGUGGCGUUUGUGCGGCACGACCGGCUGUUCGUGGCGCACAUAGGCGACUCGCGCGCCGUGAUGGCCGUUGGGGGCGAUGAGGGGUACAUCUCGGACGACCAUAAGCCCAGCGGCGACUCGAGCAAGGCGCAGGCGGAGAUUAAACGAAUCAACAAGGCGGGCGGAUGGGUGAGUCAAGGGCGGGUGUGUGGCGUCAUUGCCGUGUCUCGGGCCUUUGGCAACGUGGCUUUCAAGACGAGAAAAGAGGAGAUGAUGCAACAAGGAGUGAAGAAGGGCAAGUGGACCACCAGAUGGGUCUCCAAGAGGAAGUACGAUUCUGAUUGGAUCUCAGCCCUCCCUGACGUGUACGGCACUGAGCUGACAGAAGAUGCCGAAUUCGUCAUUAUUGCGUCUGACGGCCUAUGGGACGCCUUCUCCAGCUCUGAGGCGGUGUCGUUUGUGCGCAGCGAGAUGCAGAAGCAUGGGGACGUGCAGCAGGCAUGCGAGGCGCUCGUGCACGCGGCUCUGCAUGACCGUGGGACGGAGGACAACACGAGCGUCAUCGUCAUUUCAUUGAGAGACUAG